AAGCAAUUAGCCCUUCUGUUGUAUUCAACACCAUAAUUCUGACGGACUAGCAAUCAUCAUGCCUUCAGCCGUUCAGAAUGCUGCCUCCUCGACAAUCCGGGGAGGACACGAAGAGUCUCGUCCACGUAUUUCAGAACCCCUGCAGUACUCAGGAUCAUUAGACUCGUAUUCCCACCAGGACUUGACGCCGGUCAUUGGCAGAGAGUACCUGGGUCUUCAGGUUGCAGAAAUCCUCAAGUCGGAGAACUGCGACCAGGUUAUCAAGGAUCUCGCAGUGACAAUCUCGAAACGAGGCGUCGUCUUCCUGCGCGACCAGAACAUAACGCCCCAACAAAUGCGAGAAUUCGGCGAGAAGCUGACCCUCCUAGCCGGCUGCCCCGAAUCCUCCGGCCUCCACGUCCACCCCCUAACAGAAGAAGGCAGCGAACUCGGCGACCAAAUCAGCGUCAUCAGCAGCGAAAAGCAAAAGAAAGGUGGCGGUCUCACGCACCAACUCAGCGACACAAGCCGAUUUGCCUCGGUGGGAUGGCACACCGACAUCAGUUUCGAGCGCGUACCUUCCGACUACGCAAUGCUCAAGAUUCACACUCUCCCUGAAACAGGCGGCGACACUCUCUGGGCCUCGGGAUACGAGAUCUAUGACCGCUUGUCGCCGGAAAUGGCUGCUUUUCUGGAGGGAUUGACGGCGACCCACGAUGCAAGCUUCUUUCAUGAUGAGGCGCGCAGGUUGGGGAAUCCGUUGCGGAAGGGGAUUCGAGGGUCGCCGCUUAAUCAGGGAGAGGACCUUAAGGCCGUUCAUCCCGUGAUCAGGACUAACCCUGUGACGGGGUGGAAGUCGGUCUAUGUGAAUAAGGGUUUCACGAAGCGAAUCAAUGGUGUGACCAAGGAUGAGUCGGAUAUGUUGUUGCAGUAUCUUUUCAAUCUGGUUACUCAAAACCACGACGCGCAGGUUCGCUUCAAGUGGAAUAGGAAUGAUAUGGCAGUUUGGGAUAACAGAUCCACUUGGCAUUGCGCUACCUAUGACUAUGUCGAAGCCCGGGCUGGUGAUCGGGUUUGCAGUCUGGGUGAGGCGCCUUAUUUGGAUCUUCAGUCCAAGUCGAGGAAGCAGGCCCUGUCGGAGGUUUAGGCUAUGGUAGUUGGAUGUAAAUAAUCAGUUCAAGUGGCAGGUACCACGGCUAUGCAGUAAUGAAUCACAAAG